CACCCUGCUGUCUGCUACCGCCACCGCCAGAAAGAGAAACACAGAAACAGUGCGGCAGCUUGACGACACACUCCUCUCAACAGUUGUAUUUUGUCCAACUAUGGGAUAUUUUAUCACAACACACAGCUGAACCCAUUGUGAAUCUCUGCUGGCCUGUCUGGAAGAUCAUCCUCACUGAAUCUGGAUUACUUUACUUCCUCUUCUCCUUCAUCCCAUCAGUAGACUAGAGGUGAACAGCUUUCUGGAGCAGCAGUGGCUCUACGCAGAAAGAGGGGCACAUCACAUGGGAGUGCGUGACUGCGUGUGUGAGGGUGUGUGUUCAGGCCUCCUGCCGUCGCCCGCUCUUCCCAGACAGGCAUGGCGGGGGUCAGAGAGCGCGUCUCCCGGAUACAGAGGCCGUGGUCGGUGUACCGGGCCAACACAUUCGAGCUGUCCAACGAGAUGAUCGGCUUGGCUCUCGCAGGAAACAGUCAGGAUCCAGAUGAGCCUGUGCUUGAGUUCAGCGUGGCCUGCACAGACCUGCUGACUCCUGCUUUGGAUCGAAAACCCAACAGCUUUGUAGCUGUGAGCUGCACGACACCACCACAGGCCUUUUGGACCAAACACGCACAGACUGAAGUCAUAGAGGGCACCAGUAACCCCAUCUUCCUCAGCAGCAUCGCCUUCUUCCAGGAAUCCAACAUCAACCAGCAGACGCAGGUGAAACUGGCCGUCUACGACGUGAAGGACCGCUCGCAGGGCACGAUGUAUAUGUUGGGAUCAGCACUAUUUCCUGUAAAAGAGUUGUUGCAAGAGAAGAGCCACAGAUUACAGCUCGAACUGAGAUCAGCAGAGAAUGAGCGGGUUGGGGAAGUCACUAUAGCUGCCUGGCAGAUGGAGGAGAGAGCAGAUCAGAGGAUGUCGGCCGGCCGCCUGCCAGACAGCAUCAAUGGCCGGACGAUGCUGCCUGUUGAUGAGAGCCUCACGGAGUCGAUGGGAGUCAGAAUCAAAUAUGCCUCGCUAUGCAAAGACACCCUGCUUCGCUCAGUGUUUGGAGGCACGAUGUCCCGGAUGUACCGCUUCCCCACGACGGAUGGGAACCACUUACGGGUGCUGGAGCAAAUGGCAGAGAGCGUCCUCUCAUUAAACAUUCCCAGACAGUUUGUCAGACUGCUGCUGGAAGAGGAUGCAGCCAGGGUGUGUGAGCUGGAGGAGCUGGGAGAGUUAUCCCCUUGCUGGGAGAAUCUGCGGCGACAAAUUGUCUCUCAGUACCAGACCAUAAUACUCACAUACCAGGAAACCCUGUCAGACCUCAACAACUACAGAGGUCCGUCGUUCAAAGCCAGUAACCUGAAGGCAGAGAGGAAGCUUGAGUUCAUGCCAACCAACCUUCACGUUCAGAGGAUGAGGGUGCAGGAUGAACUGGGCUUCGAACACACGUACGAUGUGAUAACAAUUGGUGCUCCGGCGGCUCACUGCCAGGGUUUCAAAAACAACGGUUUGAGGAAACUCAUCCAGAAGUUUGAAGAGGCAAAGAAACACGUAUAUGAGGAGGAAUGCAGCGCCCUGUCAAGCUCGCAGUCUAUCGUCUACAUACCCCAGGACAUUGUCCGAGCCAAAGAGAUCAUCGCCCAUAUCAACACGCUGAAGACUCAGGUCAGCUACUAUGCUGAGAGGCUUUCCCGAGCCGCCAAAGAUCGAUCUGCCAGCGGACUGGAAAGGACGCUCGCUAUUCUGGCUGAUAAGACUCGUCAGUUGGUGACGGUAUGCGACUGUAAGCUGCUGGCUUCUGCCAUACAGGCCCUGAAAGCAGCACGGCCCGAGUACAUCGCCUCCAAAGUGUCUCCCUCUGCAGACUCAGAACAAGUAGUCCUCCGUAACGACCAGGACACGCUGCUAGCCAAGUGGAGUGGUCGCAACAGCCGAUCCUCGCUGCAUGUAGACUGGCAUGAAGAGGAGUGGGAGAAAGUUUGGUUGAAUGUGGAUAAGUCUCUGGAGUGCAUCAUCCAGCGUGUGGACAAGCUGCUUCAGAAGGAGAGGAGACCCAGCGUCAGCAGUCAGGACAGUACCCAGACUGACCUGCAGGGCGGUGCCAGUAAGAAAGGUGAUGCAAAAAGAGCUUUCUGGAUCAACCCAGGAAGUAUAUCACAGGAAUCUCCAUCAUUACCAUCAUCAUCUCUACCAUCCUCAUCAUCAUCAUCACCACAAGCCUCUUCCUCUCCGCCUGCCCUCUCUUCUGCAUGUCCUCCCAGCCCUGAACAAGAAUCCUAUGGAAGCCCGAGUGCUGAGGAGGCGUACCCAGGUGAGUGGAGCGAGGCACUGUACCCUCUCCUCACCACGCUCACAGAGUGCGUUGCCAUGAUGAGUGACACGGCCAAAAAGUCCAUGGUCUUCCUGCUGAUGCAGGACAGCGCCCCGACGAUAGCCAUGGACCUGUCACUGCAGUACCGCCGUGAUGUUGUCUUCUGCCAGACGCUCACCGCUCUUAUCUGCGGCUUCAUUAUCAAACUGAGGAACUGUCUCCGUGACAACGGAUUCCUCCGACAGCUCUACACCAUUGGCCUGCUGGCUCAGUUUGAGUCCCUGCUCAGCACCUACGGAGAGGAGUUGGCCAUGUUGGAGGACAUGAGUGUCGGCAUCAUGGAUCUUCGCAAUGUCACCUUUAAGGUGACGCAGGCCACCGGCAGCUCCGCCCCCGACAUGUUGCCGAUCAUCACGGGGAACCGGGACGGCUUCAACGUCCGCAUCCCGCUGCCGGGAACCAUGUUUGACGCGUUGCCGCGGGAGAUCCAGAGCGGCAUGCUGCUAAGGGUCCAGCCGGUGCACUUCAAUGUCGGUAUCAAUGAGCAGCAGACGCUGGCUGAGAAGUUCGGAGACACAUCCCUGCAGGAAGUCAUUAACUUGGAGAGCCUUUCCAGGCUAAAUUCAUACUACGAACAGUUCAAAGAAGUCCUGCCUGAGGACUGCCUCCCGAGGUCUCGUUCUCAGACUUGUCUCCCUGAGCUGCUGAGGUUUCUGGGGCAGAACGUCCACGCCAGGAAAAACAAGAACGUGGACAUCCUCUGGCAGGCGGCCGAGAUCUGUCGCCGCCUGAACGGGGUGCGUUUCACCAGCUGCAAAAGUGCCAAAGACCGCACGGCCAUGUCGGUCACCUUGGAGCAGUGCCUGAUCCUGCAGCACGAGCAUGGCAUGGCGCCACAGGUCUUCACGCAGGCCCUCGACUGUAUGCGCAGUGAGGGCUGCAGACGAGAAAACACUGUGAAGAAUGUUGGAUGCCGAAAGUAUGCGUUUAACUCCUUGCAACUCAAAGCCUUCCCCAAACACUACCGACCACCCGAUGGCACCUACGGGAAAGUUGAAACCUGAUCGGACCACAGAGAGCGCUCUGUCUGGGAAUAUUAUUGGACAGUAUGGCUACUCUGUGUUUUUGGGAAGGCCAAGAUCAGACUGGGAACAAUCAAGAUAACAGUUUAAUUAGACCGUCAUAUCAGAGUUUUGUGAUCCAAUUAAUUUUUUGAAGGUGUACUCAGUGAUGCAGUGUCACAGUAAUAAACAGUUGCAUCUUCCUGAAAAACAAACUCCCAGAUUUCCUCAGUAUAAUGACUGUUUUUGUAUUAGUUGCUUAUGUCAUAUUAUGCAUAACAUGUUUCAAGCUCUUUGGUUUUAAU